CAAAAAAAAUAAUUGCCUUUUCAACGGCAUGAACUUCUCAACAGAGACACAAAAUAGUUAUACAUUGAAAAACUAUUUCAGAGCAACAACGAUUGCAAUCUUCAAUAGCGACGCUACAUUUUGACAACAAGGUUCCUAACGGAUGCUUGAAUAACAGAUUGUCAGUUACAAGCAACACGGUAGCAAUGAUGCUUCAAUACCAGGUGAGAUUGAUUGUUUGGGGGUAAAACGGGUUUGAAAGAUCAAACAACAUGACGUGCCUGGCCGGAUUUGGCGUCAUUUCCCUUAUGGUCAAGAUUGCGUUUGAACUAUGCUUCAUUCGCUUCAUUCCCAAUACUGGUCAAAACUUGGCCCAAUCGAACUCCUCUCAUCACGCAGAGAAAAGGAGACGAGCACCCGUUUGGUUUGGAGGCAACGGAAAAGCCAGGACAUUCAACUAUAAAUACUAGUCAUUCGUGACAAAAAAGACAUCAGUUCUCCUCGGUCGAUCCAUCCCCACACAUCCUUAUCCAUAAUCCCCAACCCUCCCGCAUCCCCCCCACAACCUACCCUCCAACAUGUUCAAGAGCAUCGCCAUCGUCUUGAGUGCCUGCGUGGUUGGCUACUUGGCCAUGCCUCAGCAAUCCCCCAAUGACCAAUCCUACCUUUUCGCCGACCAGGCCGAGAGCCUUCUCUACACGCCUCUGUCCUUGUCCUUCUCAUGUGAAGGUCAGCAAUACGGCUACUAUGCUGAUGUGGACAACGGCUGUCAGGUGUUCCACAUUUGCUUGCCCAUCGAGGAUGAUGCCGGCAGUGUGAUUGAGACCGCUCAAUGGUCGUUCAUCUGCGGCAACGGAACCGUGUUUGACCAACAGACCCUGACCUGCAACCACGAACAAGAUGCCUUCCCUUGUAGCGAAGCCGCCUCCCUCUACAACACGGUGGAGUUCGGCAAGAUCCCCGACUACUAAAUGAUUUCCUGUGUGAUUGGAUGUGAAGUGAAAAAUCAACAGUCAAACAUGCAAAGUUUUGAGUCGUUCAUUCAUCCAUUUGUCAAUCAAAGACUGAUGUCGGAUUGCUUUUGAAGACCCCACUGCUAUUUAAACCGCCCUAUUUUGAUACGAAAUAAAAUGUUGAAAACAUA